AAGUGGUUGUAGUAAGCGCAAAUGAAAAAGAGAAAAAGAGGAGAGGGAGGAGUCUUUAGUAAGGCAUGUAUCAUCUAUUCAAACGCUCUUCAAACAGAGCCAGGAGGAGAAUCAGGGUGAAGAAUUUGUGAAAGAUGAUGAGCAAGCUAACCAGAGACUGGAGGAAGUGUUAGCAGUGCAAGUGUUAGCAGUGCAGCACAACCUGAGGCCGAGGCUAGCAGGAGCAGCAGCGCACAGGGGAUUUAUCAGGGUAACUUCAGCUUUCACUUCCUGUGAAGGUAUUCAUGCAACAAAAAAGAAGCAAAUUGUCUUCAGUUCUCCAUAAAGUGGUGAUAACCAUGCACCUCAUGCUGUUGAAUGUCUUUAUUUGGGUAUCAAUAUUUUUCUGCAGAAUUCAAGCUGAGUUGACUAAAGGCCACCAUGGAACUGAUGUGACACUGAGCUGCGAGGUGUCUGACCUCCCAGAAUCCGCCACUGUGCAGUGGGAGAGAGAGGAAGCUCCAGUUCCUAACAGCACUUUGUUCUUCAACAACACUGCCUACAUCAUUUUACACAACAUUGACCAUCACAGUCAGGGGAAAUACUACUGCACGCUGAGACAUCGGGGAAAGAAAGACAUUUAUAGGAAUCAAACACUGGAAGUGUCUAAAUAUACACACACAAAAAAAAAGUAUAUUCUAUAUAGAGAAAGCUCCAACAGUAGUAAUUUGGCCCUCAUCUGCAAGUCCAAAACGUCUUACGACAGAAUAAUGUGGAUCCGCCAUCUAAACCAAACUGAAGAGGUAAUGAUAGCUGCAGAAAGAGCGAAAGACCUUAGAGUACAUGGAGUGAUCGUACCGGCGAAUCAUUCAUCCACAUUCUACAAUGGAACUGAUUUCAUCUUUCACAUCUCACCUGUGAAAUUCAGUUACAGUGGAACAUAUAGAUGUCUUGUGAAUGAUAAAACCUAUUCAUCCUUAACACUCCACACUCUAAGAGUCUUUGCAGAGCCCUCUGUGAUGAUCUGGAAUCAGUCAGUGGUUCUGACCUGCGAGGUGUUUGAUGUGACAGAGCGAGUUAUUCUGGCCUGGCUGAGGAUGGAGGGAAACAGGGCAGUGCUAAUUAAACAAGAAGUCCUGACACAAAGAGACAUGAUGAGGAGUGUCAGUGUAACACUGAACAGUGUCUGUGAGCACCAGCUCCACUGCCAGUGUGCUGUGUUUACUGAGAACACACUCAGAGCUCUGGCACCAAUAAUGCUCCACCUCGUCCCAUCAUUAAGAAAAGAGCCUCAUUCAGCUAUACCAAAACAUACCACGGCUCUCCUCAGCCAGGGAAACAGUGUGGAAAAGGGCAGUGACGCCCAGGCUGUGGUCACUGUUGUGUUUAUUGUGUCUGGGUGUUUGGGGGUUUUGCUUGGAGCUCUGUUGUUUUACAGACUAAGAAGACCCUCCAAAGCUAACAUGGUAAAAGCAGAAGAAGAAAAAGAGGAAGAGCUCCACUAUGCCUCUAUCACCAUAGUGGAACUUGAACAAGGAGCUAGUGGGAAUUUUAAAAGGAACAAGAUGCCAGGUACCAGUGACUCAGUCAUCUACUCAACUGUCAAUGUAAAGUGAAGAGCUGGAAGCAAAUGUAAGCUGUACUAUAUAAUGGAAAUGCCAAACUUGUUUUAUCUGUUAGCUCCAGUUCUCCGUCUGACCUUCCUAUGCUUCCUAUCUAUUGCAGAAAUUAAUAUUAUAGAUAUAUCUUGUUCAUCUUCAAAUGGAAUACAUGUAAUACAUGCUAUCUGUAUUCAUAUAUUCAUUUAAAAAUCUUGUUUGACCACAACAUUAUUGUGUAAUGUACUUUAUACAAAAAGGUGUACUGGGAAUUUAUAAAUCAAUGUGAGCUAGUUAGCCGUCAUGCUAUAAAGUGAGUGUGGAUUCUGCUAGGGGAGCAAAAUAAACAGAACCUUUGGCAAUAUUGUGUCUGAAAUGUCACUUACUCUAUAUUAAGGUCUUGUUAUAGAACUGUUAUAUAAAAGCAACAUCACACUCACAAUUGUGUGGUUUACUGAAUAUCAGCAUGGCUGUGAUUAGUUACAGCACUCGUCCUGUCACCUCGUGCCUAUGGCCGAAUCACAGCCGUGCUAAUAUUCAGUAUAACCGCACACUUAUUCAUGCGCUAUUGCUUAAUUUUGCACAUUAUGGUCCUGGCAACAAAAAGUAAUGUGUUAUCAAAUAAAAAAAAAU